AUCUUCUUCCUGCAAUUCAGGAGCAUUUUAACCAAAUUUCUCUUAAUUGGGGUUGAAACCAAGAUCUGCCCAUGCUCUAAAUUCUUCCGUUUCAUAAGUCUGCUUUCUUGGAAUUCCACCUAACCAUGAUUCUACAUGUGCACAGAUGUUUCAUGUUAGAAGAAUUUGAACGAAUUCUUGUAUUAACUUGCUUCUUCUUGUCCCAAAUGCAGCAGUCUUGUGGUAGCCAUCGCGGAAUGGAGCUGAGCACGGAGAUGUCAAUGGCGCCGCCGGCCAGCUGCAGGAAGCGCAAGUGCCCACCGCCCGGCCUGGCGGACAUCCACGAGGACAUGCUGGAGCGCGUCCUCGCGCGCCUCCCGCCAGCCAGCUUCUUCCGCCUCCGCGCCGUCUGCCGAGAGUGGCGCGCGGCCGCCGCGUCCCCGACAUUCCUCGACGCCUGCGCACGCGUCCCCUCCCGCGACCCGUGGUUCCUCAUGCUCUCCGAGCGUGCCCGUCCUACCGUUGCCUUCGACGCCGCCGAGCGCUCCUGGAACCCCUGCCACGCCGCGCCAGGGUCCAUGCCGGUGGCCGCGUCGGGGGGCCUUGUCCUCUACCGCGCGCCGGCCACCGGCGCGCUAUCCGUCUCCAACCCUCUCACCGGCAUGUCUCGCGCGCUCCCCGCGCCGCCGCAGGGCCAGGGCGUGCCCCAGCUCCACGCAAUUGCCAUGUACGGCUCCCCCUACCGCGUGGCGCUCUUCACGGGCGAGGUCCCUGACCUGUCCAUGUCGGUGUUCGACUCGUCCAAGGACUCCUGGGAGGCCCCCGUGGCGCUUGCCCGCAGGCACGACACCUCCACCACCGACGCACCGGCGCAGGGUGGCGGCGGCGCAGACGAUAGCACGGUCUACUUCCUGAGCAAGUCCGGCGACGUGGUGGCCACCAACAUGCAGCGCAGCGCGUCGAAGCAGUACUCCUCGGUGGCCGUCCCGUCCGAGCGAGGCGCCGGCGAGGCCGUGGCGUACUUCCUGGGCCACUCGGGCACGGUCGUCGCGUGCGACACGGCGACCCGCACAUUCGCCGAGCUGCCGCGGAUCCUCCCCGUGCACUUCGAGUACUCCAUCGACCUCGUGGCGUGCAACGGCGCCGCCUACGCCGUCGUCCUCUCCGAGUACCUCGACACGGCGAGCCUGCGCCUGUGGCAGUUUGCGGACGGCGCGUGGAGGCAGGUCGCGGCCAUGCCCCCCGCCAUGUCGCACGGGUUCUACGGCAAGAAGGCCGACAUCAACUGCGUCGGCCACGGCGACCGUGUCAUGGUCUGCGUCAGCUCCGGCGACGUCAACGGCUGCUUCAUGUGCGACGUGGGCAGCGACCGCUGGGAGGAGCUGCCCAAGUGCAUCAAUGGCAAUGGAGAGGUCAACGAGUUCUUGGCCGCCUUCUCCUUCGAGCCUAGGGUGGAGAUCAACGUCUAA